GCUGAUAAGCCUGUCACAAACACUUCACAGUCAUCUGAUCAGGUUCCUAGCGUUAGUUCGGAAUUAUCAAUCGAUUGCUCAAGACGCACUUUAAAAAUCGCUUAGGAAUGCUACUAAAAUAUUUUCCAUUGGUUUUACUGCUGGCACAGUGCAUACAGGCGGCGCCCACAUCCAAUGGCGCCACAACGGCCAACCCAAAUGAUCCGACACAGAAUGAACUGGAGCAGGAGGCACAUAAUGAGACAAUCAAAUUGCUGAAUGCGCUUUUCCGAGCACAAAUCGCCUACUUUAGCGGGGUGCGAGUGAAACUGUCUUCGAGCUCGCAACGUGCUCGUGAUAUUGAACUCUACGUGUCGCGUCUGAGAGAAGCGAUUACAGAAACUGAUCUCGACAAAAAGAAUGAAAUGUGGCUUAAAAUAUUCGAACAGUUUAGCAAAUCUCCGCUGCUCCUUAAUAAACCAGAGGAGACGGGUCUCAGCAACGACGAGUACCAGGCGCUACUCACGGAUUCGAAGCUACAGGAGAUUGCACAAAGUUUUAUUCAAGAUGUGUCCACAUACUUUUGGAAAAUGGCGCAAAUCAGCGGCAAAGUUGUGGAAUUAGGCGUCGAUGACUACUUUAACCACAGAUCCAUGCAGCAUCAAUAAAAACUGCUACAAAGAUUUUUAA